AUGACAAAGAAGCGUGUGUUGGUUUGCUGGGGUGUCGACGUCGACGCAGUCGCGGGAUGGUUAGGCUCCUAUGGAGGCGAGAACUCAACAAGCGACAUCAGCAGAGGCAAGUUGGGGCCUGAAGAGCCCACCUUUUCGGAGAGAAUCUUUGCCGCCACUGUUGGAACGCAGCGUAUGCUGAAGAUGUUUAGCAAAUAUGACAUCAAAGCGACGUGGUUCAUUCCAGGUCACACUCUCGAGUCGUUCCCAAACGAGAUGGCGGAGGUGCGAGACGCUGGCCAUGAGAUCGGCCUGCACGGUUAUUCUCACGAAAACCCGGCAGAUAUGACGUUAGAACAACAACGGGCUGUCCUCGACAAGAGUUACAAGCUUCUCACUAAGUUUUGCGGUAAACCGCCCAAAGGAAGCGUCGCUCCUUGGUGGGAGGCCAGCGCUGAGGGAGCGCAGCUACUUCUGGAUUACGGAAUUGAAUAUGACCACAGCCUGAGCCACCAUGACUGUCAGGCUUAUUAUCUUCGGACUGGCGAUUCGUGGACAAAAAUUGACUAUAGCAAAAACCCUGAAGAAUGGAUGAAACCGCUCGUCAACGGUAGGGAAACGGGACUUGUCGAGAUUCCUGCCAACUGGUAUAUCGACGACCUGCCGCCGAUGAUGUUCGUCAAAUCGGCGCCCAACAGCCAUGGCUAUGUGAACCCGAGGGAUGUCGAGGACAUUUGGAGAGAUACUUUCGACUACUGUUACCGAGAGUAUAAUGAGUUCAUAUUCCCGAUUACUUGCCACCCCGAUGUGUCGGGCCGUCCACAGGUCAUUUUGAUGCACGAACGGCUUAUUGAGCACUUCUUGAAACACGAGGGGGUUGAAUUUGUCACGAUGGGAUACAUCUGUGAUGAUUUCAAGAGACGAAAUCCUCCGAUGGAUGGCGCUACAAUGCCUGCUACAACACCCAGUAUCCUGCCCAGCGGAUAG